GUUUCCAAGACACCAACGAAGAAGAAGGAACAACCGGAAGUUGGUUAACACGGCGCUAUUGUUUACUUGUUUGGUUAGCGAUGUUCAGAUAACCUGUAGUUAGUUGUUAGUGGUAUUUUAUUAUUGCAAACUGCACGUCACUGCAGUUGCAUAUUUUGCAGAAACUCCUAAUCCUAGGCACUGAGGUAAUGGACGCUGGCAGCCGGAAAGACAAACCCAAACAGAAGGAGACGUCUGUACGAGGAGACCGAGCGAAACAGAAAUCUGCUCAGCAGGAGCUUAAGCAGAGACAGAGAGCAGAGAUCUACGCCCUGAACAAAGUCAUGACGGAAGUCGAACAGCAGCAGUUUGAGGCGUUUUGCCAGCAGAUGCAGUCGCAGCCGGAAUGAAGAUGUGACAUGUUUAAAAGUAAAAACCGACCGAUGAGCUGCAACCCUUACGGCAUCGUACACCGUUCUCCUCAUGUGCAGAGUGAUGUAUCGAGUGAUCAGUUAUAUAAUAUAUCAGUCAAUCGUGUGGCAGCAGCAUGAUGUAUAAAAUCAUGCAGAUGCAGGCCAGAGCUUCAGGUAAUGUUCACAUCAAAUGUCAGAAUGAAGUCUGAUCUCUGUGACUUUAACCAUGGCGUGGUUGUCGGUGCCAGAUGGGCUGGUGUGAGGAUUUCAGAAACUGCUGAUUUCCUGGAAUUUUCACACACACAACAGUCUGUAGAGUUUAUAAAGAAUGGUGCGGGGGAAAAAACAAAGUGAGCGACGGUUCCAUGAGUUGAAAGGCCUCGUCGAUGACUUAGGGUCAGAGGGAAAUACCCGGAUUGGUUUCAAGCUGCCAGGAAGUCUAUAGUAACUCAAAUAAUCACUCUUUUUUUUUUUUUUUCAAGCGUGAUGAGAAGAAAAGCAUCUCAGAACGCACAACACAUCGAACCUUGAUGUGGCUGAGCUACAACAUCAGAAGACCACAUCAGGUUCCUCUCCUGUCAGCCAAGAACAUGAAUCUGAGGCUAUCCUGGGCAUAGAGUCACCCAAACUGGACAGACGAUCUCAUCAGCGAGGCGUUUCCAAUAAUGGAACCGUCACUCACACAGUGUUUUAUUGUUUGUCGCACCAUUCUGUGUAAACUCUACAGACUGGUGUGUGUGUGAAUCCCAGGAGAUCAGCAGUUUCUGUAAUACUCAACCUAGCCCAUCUGAUACUGACAACCCUGCCACAGUUAAAGUCAGACUUUAGAGAUCAGACUUUUUCUUCAUUCUGAUGUUUGAUGUGAACGUUCACUGAAGCUUUUGAUGUGUAUCUGCGUCAUUUUAAUGCAUUGUGCCUCUGCUACAUGAUUGGCUGAUAAAUGGAGGACUGCACAAGUGAGCAGGUGGACAGUGUGUACAGUAUGUUACAUGAUUUAUGCUUUCAGUCGAUGAUCAUACCUUCACAGUAUUUAUACUAAUGUUAUGGGUCAGUCACAAAGCGUGAAGGAUCAAAUGGAGCUAUGUAUCAACCUGUUACAUAUUUUUUAUAAAUGUAUAUAAAUAUAUAUAAUAUCGUACAGCUUCACUUAUUUCCAGUUUUCGUUUGAUGUAUUAAAGAUUUUCGUCAGUUUAUAGAGACCGCAUGGAAAAAGUUCUCGCUGUGUCCUGGCUUUCACUUGUGUUUUACAGAGUCUCGACGUUGACAGCGUUCACCAAUUUCCACUGAUGUUAUUUAAUAAAUGCACAUUUUAUUAACAAGAAGUAAUACACUGCACAUAGUUUUACCUGCUUUCAGUCAGACUUGUUUUAUUUCAUUCAUGCAAGUGUGUGGAGUUUGUGUAUGAAGGCUGCACGGCCUCUAAUCCUCCCGCUUUCGCUCACUUGAUGUAUUCAGCUGUCACACGGAGAGACGCGUCUUCAUAACGCAAGCGUGCAUCUGUCAGGAGGAAACACCGGGGUGUCAGUGGUCACUAGGGCUCCCUCUCAAAAGGCUUUGGUCUCAGCUGUUUUCAUUGGCUCGCUUUGCUUGGACAGAUUGCUUCUGUUCCACUAGGUCACCACCAGGAGGCGCAUAAAUUGCUCUCCUGGCAGGACUUGUACCCAGUGCAAAAGUUUGCACACCCUAAAUGGUUUCGAACAUUCUCGAAUUCUUUGUAUACCCCUCCCCAAAAAAAUUCUAGAUGUUGAAAUGGAAAUGUGGGCGGGUCCCACAAAGUAGAUUCGUGUCUCCUUGUAAGGAUGUGAAAAUGAAUAAUGAGAGGAAGAAAGAAACAGGCAAGACGAAUGCUUUAAAAAAGAAAGAAAGAAAGAACCAGAGGAAGGGGGGGGAGAGAACGAGUAAAAAGUGAAAUUGGGAGAGAAAAAGUAAAGAAGAAAGAAGGAUCAAAUCAAAUAAAGGAGGCAAAAAUAAGGACGUGCCAUUGAAAGAAAGCAUAAAAAGUGGGUAGGAAAGAACUGCUGAAGCUGCUGCGUUUUGAAUGGAGUAUGUGUUUCGUGUUCAGAAAAAUUUUAAACAAUUUUUAAAAAAAAUAAUUUUAGUCCUUGGGUGCGUCUCAUUCAGCUCCCUAGUUCGGUAGUCAGGGCGCUGAUCAGGGAGGCGGCCAUUUUAAGCUGUUUCUCUUUAAGUGCAGUGAAACGUUGGCUCCCUAAAAAAAAUCCCACAAUGCACCGCAAAAACCCAUGUUCUAUUACUGGAAAUGGUGUCAUAUUUUCUGAAGCCUCUUGGCUCGAAACAAAACGGUGGACGAACUCUCGGCUGAUUUAAUCUAUGAACAUAAGUAGCUCGUUAUCGUCAUCGUGCCUCUCGAACGAUUAUUUAUGCUAGCGAUUUUUUUACUUUAUUUGACGUUCUAUAUAUGGUUUCUUUGAGUCUUAACGACUUGAUUUUUACAAAUCCACUAGCUAGCCUAAGAUCCUGCUUGAAGUACCGUGACAUGACGUAUAACGUCAGAAAGACACCGGUCCUGUUUUACGAUCACAAGUACAUAGUCAUGUUGCCGUCAUCUGUGUCCCAACGUGUCGUGAACCAGGGUCCUUACCAGUACCAAUUCACCACCUACUGUAGAGGGAGCUGAUCGAGACGCACCCUUUGUCAUAAUGAAGGAACAUCUCGUACGCCAAACGUUUCAGCGGUUAAAGUAAAUUGUCUAAAGGGUGUCAAAACUUUUGCGCUCAACUCUACUGCAUGAAAAUGUUUGCCUGUAAGGACAAACGAUUCCCUUACUUAAAAUUAGAAAUAGUAGACAGGAAACAUGGCAUACAUUUUUUAUUUGGUUGUGUGUUCUUUUACGAGCGGUCAGGAACAGCCUGACUGGUGUGUGUUCACAGAGUAUUUUAUUCUUAUUAUUAUUACUAGUAUGAGUGUGAGUAGAGGUAGCUGUUAGUAGAUGCACACAUUCAGCAGUAAUAAGUCUAUACAGUGCACAAUGCAUAUACGCUUCACGCUCUAUCUAGGAUGCUAAAAGCACAGUAAGUGACUCAAAUAGAUCUUACUAAUAACCUCUAGAGCAGUGGUUCUCAAACUUUGUGCAUCCAGGGACCGCUUUAAUAACAGGUUUAGUGUUUAAUGUCUGUUUAUAGGAGCGUUUUAAAUUAUUAUUUGUGAACUUUCAACAAAAACAGAACACAUUUUCAUUUAGAUUUCGAAGUUCAACUGACUACAGGAGCUGAAUAAUACAUAUUUUAGUGG